CAUCGCGUUCGGUCGGUUUUCUGCUCGGUACGAGGACUGUGAAUCACAUCGCUCCGCUGCCGGGGAGUGGGAAAGCAGAGAUUUUUUCUACAAAAAUAAAUAGUUUAUUUUCUUUUUUGUAAUGAGGACGUCAGUCUGCAUUCAUUCGGAUAACGUUAACGUUACAUCCUAGGAAGUUCCCCGAGGAGCGCGAGGUAACUUAAAAUAUUACGCUGUAAAUGUAUCAAGAACCUGGAGCCAAGCAUGAAAAAGGCGACCAAGACCACGGCCGCCACCUCCAGAACCUCAGCGGCCACUAAAGCCCCAGGCAGACCAGAGGGAAGCAGCAUUAUGGGCACAGGUGGCAAGAUGACGAACAAAACUCAGAGUUCAGCUCCACUGCCUAAGGCAAAGAGCAAUGAUGAUCUCCCAGCGGUGAGUGCAGGAAGUGGAGCAGUAUCCGUUAGCAACAGUAACACUUCUGCUAGAAACAAGAGAGGAAGCUCCUCUCAGAACACUAACACCACUGAGACCAGGUCCAAGACCAGUUCAGGUCUUUCAGGAAGGCGUGCCAUGUCAUCCACAGCCAAGGAUCCAGGCACGUCCCGAGAGAACUUGCGAGAACGUACCAGAGCUAGUGUUGCCAAAAAGCUUGUUGUACCCACAGAUGCCAUGCUUCCGAAGCGAUCACGAUGCCGUACCGUAGCAGAGACAGAUUCUCGGAUGAGCAAAUCUCGCUCAGGCAGCCAGAUUAGCCAUAAAGCAGUGCUGGAGUGUCAAGUGAAGGACCUGCUGGGCUUAGAUAAGAGCAAAGACCUGGAGAUCCUCCAUCUCCGCUCUGAACUUAGAGGUAUGAGAGCCCAGCUUGGUCUGGAAGAACUUGAGGCCCCUGAUCCAGAGCAAGCAUCUCAAGAGACCAAGCAGCCUCAGGAGAAAGAGGUUUCUCCUGUGAUCAGUGCCACAGAUGUGGAGUCCACUCUCCUCCUCCUUCAAGACCAGAACCAGGGCAUCCUUGAUGAGCUAAAUAUGCUGAAGAGUGAAAACCGGAUGCUGAAGGAUCGUCUCAAUGCUCUCGGCUUCUCUCUGGAGCAUCAUCUAGACAGCCCUGUCAAAGGUCUGUGCUGCCUGUCCCUAAGUCCUGAGCCUGUAGCGGCUGGCUGUAGUGGAGGUCACCGUGAAAACAGUGGGGGUGGUAUGUGUGCAUCUUCUGCAGAAGGCUCUGUUCAAGGCUCUACUGAGGACCUGCUGUCAGAAACGAGACGUGUAGGCCCUCCUGAUGCAGUGGACAGUGAGUGUAGUGAGGCCUAUCAGCCAAUCACCUCCAGCGAUGAUGCUCUGGAUGCACCUUCAGGUUGUGGAUCAUCUUCUGAAUCAGAAGAAGGGCCACCAAGCCGGGAACAUUCCCGCAGGGGCAGCAGCGGGAACACCAGUGAAGUUUCCAUGGCCUGCCUGACUGAGCGCAUCCAUCAAAUGGAGGAGAACCAGCACAGCACAGCAGAAGAACUCCAGGCCACUCUGCAGGAGCUUUCAGACCUGCAGCAGAUCACACAAGAGCUGACCACAGAGAAUGAACGCCUGGGCGAGGAGCGUGCCAUUCUGGUCGACUCCCUCUGUCAACAAGGGGAGCGUCUGGAACUGUACGGAAGACAGCUGGACUACUUCCGUGGCCUGCUUGACGAGCAUCGGGUGGCCUACGCCAAGGAUGAUGAAGAUGCCAAAAGCGGCCGAUAUAUGGAGCUGGAAAGGCGCUACGCCGAGCUUAACGAGGGCUCACGUUUUGAGCGGGAGCAGCUGCUGGGUGUUCAGCAACAGCUAAGCAGUGCUCUCAAGAUGGCAGAACAGGAGAAUGCAGAAGCCCAAGGCCUGAUGGGAGCAUUGAAGGAGCGUGUCCAUGUGGCGGAGAGAGCUGUGGAAAUGGAGCGGAGGGAGCGGGCAGUCGCCAAAGCGGAGUUGGAAGCGCUGAGGGUAGUGUCUGAAGGGGGGCAGGUGGAGCUGAAUCGCUGCAGGAUCCAACUUGAGCAAGAGAGGCAGAGAGUUGCCCAGCUCCUCUCCAUCCACAACGCAGGGGAUAAGACAGACAUACGCCACCUGCUGGACAGUGAGAGAUUAGACAAAGAGCGAGCAGAGGCCAAAGCAGCUCAGUUACAAGAGGAACUGGGGUACACACGCAGUGAAGCUGCCCAGCUGCAGGAGGCAAUUAACAAGCUUGAGGGUGAGUUCCGAGCAUUUCGUGACGAUGUCCAGGCACAGUUAGCGGAGCAGAAGCGGCUACUUGAGCAGCAGUGCUCUGAGCUAGAGGAGAAGGACACAGAGAUUGCUGACAUGAAGGAGACCAUCUUUGAGCUAGAGGAUGAAGUCGAGCAGCAUCGUGCUGUCAAGCUCCAUGACAACCUCAUAAUUUCUGACCUGGAGAAUUCUAUCAAAAAACUUCAUGAUCAGAAAUAUGACAUGGAGAAAGAGAUUAAGGUUCUUCACCGAAAAUUGCGGGAGGAAUCAGCCGAGUGGCGUCAGUUCCAAGUUGAUCUGCAAACAGCUGUUGUAAUCGCUAACGAGAUCAAGACAGAAGCUCAGGAGGAGAUCGGAGACCUGCGGCGCCGCUUGCAUGAAGCUCAGGAUAAAAAUGAGAAGAUGAGUAAAGAGCUGGAUGAACUAAAGAGCAAGAAGCAGGAAGAGGAGCGUGGCAGAGUGUAUAAUUAUAUGAAUGCCGUGGAAAGAGACUUGGCCGCACUAAGGCAGGGGAUGGGCCUGAGCCGACGGUCCUCCACUUCCUCUGAACCUUCACCCACUGUCAAAACACUCAUCAAGAGCUUCGACAGCGCCUCACAAGGUCCCGUUCCAGCCAGUCCUACCGAUGCUGUUGCUGUUGCUGUUGCUGCUGCUGCCGCUAUUUCCAGAACGCCUCUCAGUCCCAGUCCCAUCAAAACCCCUCCAGCCGCUGCUGUUUCUCCUAUGCAGAGGCACACCGUAAGCUCAGCCAAACCUCUGUCGUCAAUGCUGGACAAGAGGCCUAGCUACACGGACCUGAGCAUACCAGCAGACCACCUCCUUCGGACCUCACCUGUAACACGCCCCAGCUGCAGCCUCCAGAGGGUGACAAACAUAGAUUCGACUAAGUCCAUAUCAGUUUCUCGCAGAAGCAGUGAAGAGUUAAAGAGAGAUUUGUCGGUAACAGAUGCAUCAGCGCCAUCGUCAGUCAUCACGUUAGGCUCGUCUUCUCCCCAGCUGUCUUUGUCGUCCAACUGCUCCUCCCCAACUGCCUCCGUCACGCCCACCACACGAGGACGUUUACGAGAGGAGCGGAAGGACCCUCUGUCUGCGUUAGCCAGGGAAUAUGGAGGAUCCAAGAGGAAUGCUCUGCUCAGGUGGUGCCAGAAGAAGACUGAGGGUUAUCAGAACAUUGACAUCACCAACUUCAGCAGCAGCUGGAAUGAUGGGCUCGCUUUCUGUGCCAUUCUUCACACCUAUCUGCCGGCACAUAUCCCUUACCACGAGCUCAACAGCCAGGAUAAGAGGCGGAAUUUCACUUUGGCUUUCCAGGCAGCAGAAAGUGUGGGAAUUAAAUCGACACUGGACAUUGGUGAAAUGGUGCGCACAGAAAGACCCGACUGGCAGAGUGUCAUGACCUACGUGACGGCCAUCUAUAAGUAUUUUGAGACCUGAGAAUCUUCUUGAAUGGCUGUAUUGGCAGCUUCAGUCUUACCUCGGUUCGCCUUCCUUGCUGCGGAAUGCUACUCCCAAGAUGCUACGAAUUUUCCAGAGGCCUUAGCUGCUUACUGUUUCUUCCAGUGUUUUCCCAAAAUCCUGUAUGGCUGCAGAAACAGGCCAGAUCCUACUAAGCUUCUCUGAACAGCAGUGCUUUUAAAGAGAAGUGGGAAGUCGGUGGGAUCAUGAGCCAGCAACUUCCUUUAAGAACAUUGCAACACUAUUUAAAGUGUAUCGUGCCAACCGAGCAACGAAAAUGUGUAUCUCAGAAUACGAUUGCCUUUGAAAGAUGCCUUGUUUUCUAGUUUUCUCAAAAGGAUGGCCUCACUAUGCCAGUAUUGGUCUUAGGUUAUCAGUAUUUAUUCCAAAGAGUGAUACCACAAAUGGUGUUUUUUGUGUUUUCCUUAGCAUGAAUAAGCUGAAAUCUUUCUAAUUUAGUAUUUUUUUCUAAUAAAAAAGACAUUAAAGGAAUAGUAGUUCACCCAAAAAUGAAAGUUUGCUGACAAUUUAUUCACCCUCAGGCCAUCCAAGAUGUAGAUGAGGG